UCUAUCAGCUGUCAGUUUGACUGACCACACGGUUACAUUGAAAGUGCAAAAAGAUGCUCGCUCGGGCAGCGACUAGCGCGAGGGCGGCGCGCGGGGCGCGGGGCCUGGCCGCGACCGCGGCGAGCAGGCAGGAGGCCUCCGACCCCGUCCAGAAACUGUUCUUAGACAAAAUCAGGGAAUACAAAUCCAAAAGCUCUGGUGGCCAACUAGUGGAUCCGAGCCCUACGAUCGAGAAGGAGCUGAAGACGGAGCUGGAGAAGCUGGAGCGGCAGUACGGCGGCGGGUCGGGCGUGGACAUGAUGGCCUUCCCGAGCUUCAAGUUCGACGACGCGCAGCUCGACCCCAUCGACGAGGCUUCCGCAGCCAAGGACCCUAAGAAGAAGAAAUGAACAUUAAUACUUAUUAUUUAAUUUAUACCAUACAUGAUAUAAAGCGCAAAUAUGCUGAGUAAAUCAUCAAAUUUUGCAUGAA